AUGCUAAAGGCCCUCGGACCACCUCAGAAAAUAGUGUCACCCAAACAGGAACAUGAAGAUAGGAAACACGACAAAGUCACCGAUAAAGGAAGUGAAAGUGGGACUUCCUGUAAUGAGCUGUCUACUUCCAGCUGCGACAGCCACUCGGAAGCGAGCACCCCCCAGGACAACCCGCCCACUGCCCAGCAGGCAACCGCUCACCAGCCCAACACCCUAACCUUGGAUCGCCCCUCCAAAAAAGCACCCGUGCAGUGGAUGCCCCCACCAGACAAACGCAGAAACAGUGAACUCUUUCAGACGCUCAUCAGCAAGUCCCGGGAAACAAACCUUUCCAAAAAGAAAGUCUGUGAGAAGCUGAGUGCGGAAGAAGAAAUGAAAAAGUGUAUUCAGGAUUUUAAAAAAAUCCACAUUCCAGAUUAUUUUCCAGAGCGCAAACGCCAAUGGCAGUCUGAACUGUUGCAGAAGUAUGGGUUAUAGUGAUCGUCCCAUCCCUGCAGUAUUUUGAUGGCAUUCAAUGUUUACUACAGUGUCACCACCUGACUGACGUCCUAACAAUGGUCAGUGUGAUUCUUGCUGCUCUUCCUUUUUGUGAACAGUGGAUGUGGGACAGUAUUUUCUUUCAUUCUUUUUUGUUGUUGUUUUUAGAAACAUGAUAAAAAAACGGGGGAAAAAUGAAAUCAAUAAACGUUAAAUUAAAAUGGUAUAUUUGAUUCAAGCCAUUUUGCAAGAAUGAAAGUAAAAUGUGCAUGAUCAAGAAGCUUAGAAUCUUGAUUUUUGAACUGUGGUCAACCGGACAUGUGUGUCAUUUUGCAACUCACCAAAAACGAACCAUCAUAUCUCAUCAACUAAAAUGACAAUGUGGAUGAAGGAACAUCAAGUAAAAUUUUAGGUGAUGGUUUUAGGAUCCAAAUCCAAAACUGUCUAAAUGUUAAUGCAAUAAAACAAGUAUUAUUUUUGCAUGAGCACAAUGUUACAAAUAACUCACAAGAAAUAGGGAAGAUCUGUUUGUUGCUUGGAAAGAAAAAAAUACAAAAAAUAAAGCAAAAAAAAAAAAAAAGUUUUAGGCAAAGCCUAUAAAUGUGAGCAGUCUAGAAGACUGAAUUUUCUUUGUUCCGGAUCUGUGACUUUUUGUGUAUCUGUAUGGUGUCUAUGUACAAUAAGAUUGUGUAAAUAUGCCUUAUACUGUUGUGUUAUGGCACCAACAUUCAUCUAUUAAUGCUAGUCAUGAUUAUUUCUGUGAAAUGAAUCUUUUACAUCAAGCUAUGAAAAUUGGUAUAACGAUGCUCCGAAAGAUCCUAUUAUCAUGUUAAUCAAAAUAUUUGAGGAGAAUGGUAAAGAGCUUUAUGUAUUUAUUAAAAAAAAGAAAA